UCUUCACCGCCGACCUCCCACCCGGCUCUCUGGUCCCGGCGGUAAGAUGGCGGCUGCCGCGGAGUGCGAUGUGGUAAUGGCGGCGACCGAGCCAGAGCUGCUAGACGAUGAGGAGACGAAGAGAGAAGCAGAGUCUUUCAAGGAACAAGGAAAUGCCUACUAUGCCAAGAAAGAUUACAAUGAAGCUUAUAACUAUUAUACAAAAGCCAUAGAUAUGUGUCCUAAAAAUGCUAGCUAUUAUGGGAAUCGAGCCGCCACCUUGAUGAUGCUUGGAAAGUUCCGGGAAGCUCUCGUGGAUGCACAGCAGUCAGUGAGGUUGGAUGACAGUUUUGUCCGGUUCAAGAAUGCGAAUGCAGUCAUAGAAUAUGAGAAAAUAGCAGAAACGGAUUUUGAGAAGCGGGAUUUUCGGAAGGUGGUUUUUUGCAUGGACCGUGCCCUAGAAUACGCCCCUGCCUGCCAUCGCUUCAAAAUCCUCAAAGCAGAAUGUCUAGCAAUGCUGGGUCGUUACCCAGAAGCACAGUCUGUGGCCAGUGACAUUUUACGAAUGGAUUCCACCAAUGCUGAUGCUCUGUAUGUACGAGGUCUUUGCCUUUAUUAUGAAGAUUGUAUUGAGAAGGCGGUUCAGUUUUUUGUACAGGCUCUCAGGAUGGCUCCUGACCAUGAGAAGGCCUGCGUUGCUUGCAGAAAUGCCAAAGCACUUAAAGCAAAGAAAGAAGAUGGGAAUAAAGCAUUUAAAGAAGGAAAUUACAAGCUAGCAUAUGAACUGUACACAGAAGCCCUGGGGAUAGACCCCAACAAUAUAAAAACAAAUGCUAAACUCUACUGUAAUCGGGGUACGGUUAAUUCCAAGCUUAGGAAACUAGAUGAUGCAAUAGAAGACUGCACAAAUGCAGUGAAGCUCGAUGACACGUAUAUAAAAGCCUACUUGAGAAGAGCUCAGUGUUACUUGGACACAGAACAGUAUGAAGAAGCAGUACGGGACUAUGAAAAAGUAUAUCAGACGGAGAAAACAAAAGAACACAAACAGCUCCUUAAAAAUGCACAGUUAGAACUGAAGAAGAGUAAGAGGAAAGAUUACUACAAGAUUCUUGGUGUAGACAAGAAUGCCUCUGAGGACGAGAUCAAGAAAGCCUACCGGAAGCGGGCCUUGAUGCACCAUCCAGAUCGGCACAGUGGAGCCAGUGCCGAAGUUCAGAAGGAGGAGGAGAAAAAGUUCAAGGAAGUCGGAGAAGCUUUUACCAUUCUCUCUGAUCCCAAGAAAAAGACUCGCUAUGACAGUGGACAAGACCUUGAUGAAGAGGGCAUGAAUAUGGGUGAUUUUGAUGCAAACAAUAUCUUCAAGGCAUUCUUUGGUGGUCCUGGGGGCUUCAGCUUUGAAGCUUCUGGUCCAGGGAAUUUCUUUUUUCAGUUUGGCUAAUGAAAGGACACCACCCGGAAUCCAGAAAAUGCAGACUUGCUCAGUUUAACCUCGAAUGUGGACACAAUUCACCUCCUCCCUUCAUCACGUCUCCACGUCCUUAGAGCAGUUUCGUUUUCUCAGUUGGAUACCCUGUGUCUGUGUGAGUGGGGUGAAGGAAAGGGAGCCAGCGCCGAAGACUGCGGGGAGGGGAGGGAGGCGGGGGGGCGGACAGGGCAGCUUGUGAAUUUUUGUUUUACUGUUUAACUUUAUUAAAAAAGAAAAAAAAAAAAAAAAAAAAAAA